UAUACCUGCUUUCGUCUCUAUUUUUUUCUUUUCUUCAAAUGCAUCUUGCCGUCGCCCUUUUGCGUUUAUGGUGACAAUCAUCUUGCCUUGCCGCUAUGUGAAUGCCAUCUAUUCCUGGUUAUUGAAAUACUAGCGCGACAACGAGCGUUAUGGCGGACAGCGAGAGCAAGGGAUAUGGAAGUACAAGUGGUUAUGGCGGUUACCAGCAACAGCAAUACCAGCAACCAGCACAGGCGCAAUCAUCGAGUGGAUAUGGACAGUAUGACAGCUACACGGCUCCAGCAGCUCCAGCAGCGACGACAGGAUACACUCCUGAGCAGCAAGCUGUCUAUGCUCAAUACUACGGAUAUCAAUAUGGCGCUGCUUAUCCAUAUGGAACUGCGACCCCUGCCGCAUCGGGAGCUGCAGCCACGACUGCUACCCCUGGAACAGGCACGACAUCAGCUGCUGCGGCACCAGGUGCGGACACUUCAGCCUAUGGUGCUUACGACUACUCUCGAUACGCUGCAGGUCAGUAUGGCACUGCUUCCGCCACGUCUGCAGCACCUGGUGCCUUGAGUUCGCCAGCAACCUCCGCUCCUGCCACCUCAGCACCCGGUGCUGUAGCAACUACAGCGGGCGGCGAUGCCAGUGCUACUGCGGCCGCUAGUGUUCCUGAUUAUUCUGCAUAUUAUGCUCAGCAAGGAUACAGCCAGGAGGCCUAUCAGCAAUACUACAGUCAAUAUUAUGGAUACCAGGCAGCUGAUGCUUCAUCGGCCGGUGGUUCUUCGUCUACAGCAGCUGUCGAAGGUGCCGGAUCAUCUGAUGCGACUGGAUCUUCCUCUGCCCCUAGCGAAGUCGCCGCCGCCUCCGCUUCUGGACCUGGAACUGCCGCCAACGAAGCCGGAUCAGCUAGGACAUCCUCGACGGAAGAGACCAAGUAACACUGGGGCUCGUUGCAAAACGGAGUCAUUGUACGGGU